UUUUACUUCCGUUUAAGAUUCACGACGUUGCAAUUGACAACGUUGACGUCAUAUUGUAAACAAACAAAUUUUUAAAAAAAUUUCAAUUAAAAAAGGUAUUUUUCAUCAUGUAAAUGAAUUUUAAAGAGUUGCUUGAACUCAUAACAGUUUGUUAUGCACUCGGAGAUAUAGACGACGUUGAGUUUGCAAUUCUAAGCCAGUUGUACACGCCGAAAAACUUAUAUUUACCAUACGAAUCAUAUGGGCGAUUCAAGCUUGACGAAUUGGGGGAAGACGAGUGUUUUGCUGAAUUUCGGUUCAGAAAACAUGACAUUCCAGAUCUAGCUGCGGCUUUGAGGAUUCCUGAAGUGUUUUACUGCCCACAAGGAACGAUAUGCGACGGAACAGAAGGCCUUUGUCUCAUGCUUCGGCGUUUGGCUUAUCCUUGCCGUUUGAGUGAUCUGGUUCCGCGCUUUGGCAGACCAGUGCCAGAGCUAUCGAUGAUCUUUAACGAAGUGAUUUCGUUUGUUUACGAACGCCACAACCACCGUAUUAAACAGUGGAACAAUCUGCUGCUAAACCCCAUACAACUAGAAAGAUAUGCAGAGGCUAUCACAAACAAAGGAGCAGCACUUACAAAUUGUUUUGGGUUCGUUGAUGGGACUGUGAAAGCGAUUUGUAGGCCAGACGAACACCAAAAACAUGUUUACAAUGGCCACAAGAGGCACCAUGCCCUGAAAUUUCAAUCUGUGGUAACCCCAAAUGGCAUGAUAGCAAACCUUUAUGGGCCUGUGGAGGGAAAGAGACAUGAUGCUGGCAUGCUUCGAUACUCGGGGCUAAUGGAAAUGCUGGAAGAGCAUGCCUAUGGCACAAAUGGGCAACCAAUGUGCAUUUAUGGGGAUCCUGCAUACCCACUCAGGACUCAUCUACAAGCUCCAUUCAGACUAGUACAACCUAAUCCUGACAUGGAGGCAUUUAACAAAAGUAUGAGUAGUGUUCGUGUCUCUGUAGAAUGGCUUUUUGGGGACAUUGUCAAUAGUUUUAAAUUUGUUGACUUUAAAAAGAACUUAAAAAUUGCUUUAAGUGCUGUUGGAAAAAUGUACAUUGUAUCGGGUAUAUUGAGAAAUUGCAUUACAUGUAUGUAUGGCAAUGUAACAUCUGAAUUCUUCGACCUUCCACCACCUAAAAUCCAAGAGUAUCUUGCUGAGGAAUAAUUCAUGAAAUACAUUAUGAAACAUCAAGAAAAGUUUAAUAACAUAGUUCUUACAAAUAGAUAUGAUAGCCUAACAGGCUGACAUUCAUUUUAUUAUUAUUACUGUUAUUUCAAGAUUGUUAUUAGGGGCCAUUUCACAAAGAAUGUUCAAGUCAUGGGUCAGAACAAAUGCAGGCAUAGGGGGUGUAGCAAUCAUUUUGCCUCCAUUUAAAAUUUCUAACUCUAUUAUUUUAACUAAUUUUUUUCUUCAAUGAGGAAUUUAACAAUGCUGUGAAAUAAUAGCUUUUUCCACUGAGAUAUACAAGGUGCAUGCAUACCUUUUUGCAAACAUUGCAGAUGUUUGAGGGGAAUGGGGUCACCAAUUCAGAAAAUGCUAGACAAGGGGGGGGAAAUCCAUCAGAAAUCCUUUGUGAAAGGCCAUAAUUUGUUUACCUUAUGUAACAGUUAUAAUUUAACAAACAGUUGGGUAGAACACC